CUAUACUUUGUAAUAAUAUUCGAUGCCCAGGAAGGGGGCUCUCUCCUCUAACAACACCUCAUCAAGUGUCUGGUUAUGUCUGAUUACACGAUCGGUGGUGCCAUUUACAUCUAUUAAAGUAAAUUAGUAAAUUAGGAAAUUACUCUUCGACGCUAAUGUUGAGGUAUAAUCGGCAUAACGUUCGACCAUAACCGACCCUGUCAGUUGAGUGAGAACUUGUCUCUCGGAAAAUACGAGGUUAACGAUUAUUGAGAGAGAAAAACAGAGUGAUCGAAUGUCAGAUAUCAGAGAUAUAGCAUAAGAUGAAGCAGCUGGAUGUAGCAGAGAUCAUGUUGAAAUUAUGUCUACUGAUUACACUGAUAACAGUUAGGAAUAGCAUAGCUGGUGUACCACGUAAGGAUCAAAGUCUAAUAGGCAACCAAGGCUUGUACAAUACCAGCGAUGACGUAGUGAUUCUUAAUGCUACAAACUUCAGAGCAACCGUAUAUGGUAGCACCAGGGGAUGGCUGGUUGAAUUUUAUAACAGCUGGUGCGGUUUCUGUUAUAGAUUCGCACCUAGUUGGAAAGCUCUGGCGAGCGAUAUCCUCUCUUGGAACGAUAUCGUUGUAGUCGCCGCGAUAGAUUGCGCCGACGAUGAGAAUAAUCCGAUCUGUCGUGAUUAUGAGAUUAUGCACUACCCGAUGUUGAAAUAUUUCUCCGUAAAUGCGCAUCCACCGUCUCUAGGUAUAGUAAUAGAGAAAGGGGACAGUGUUGAUUCAGUAAGAUACAAUUUAGUGAAUAGGCUCGAAACAGAACAACAAGAAGGACGGGGAUCCACAUGGCCUAACAUUGCACCUUACAGAAACGUCGAAAUAACAGACGUAUGGAAAACAGCCUCCAGCAACGUAAAGUAUUUCUUCCUAAUUUUCGAGAACACAGAUUCCCACUUAGGCACGGAAGUAAUCCUCGAUCUGCACAGGAUCAACAGCUUACAGAUACGCAGAGCUACUUCCGACAAUGAGUUGCUGUGCGUGACGAAUAAAGUGACAAAGUUCCCGAGCUUGAUAGCUUUUGGUCGUAACGAGUCGCACAGAGUAAUCAACGUUAGAAUACCGACGAGGCAGGGUGUUCGACGUGCUAUCAAGGAUUACGUGAUCGCGAGAGGAGUGAAUAUCUACGAGGCGAGUACGAUGACAGCGAUGUCGCGUGACGCACAGCAAACAACGAUCGCGGCGACGAUCGAAAAAGCUGAAGAAGCUCGACAGUCAACGUCGAAGAAAAUGGUGGACGAUCGUUUGUAUCAGCUCGACCUAGAAAGCGCGCUGCGCUAUUCGAUCAAUCACGAGAUACCGCUGACGAAGUCGAUUGAAGGCGAGAAAAUGGAGGCGUUACGGAGAUACCUCGCAGUGUUGGCAGCGUACUUUCCUUUACGACGAAGCAACAUGUAUCUGGAAGUAAUUCGAGACGUCGUCGAGAGUAAAACUCGAAUGACCGGUGAGGAAUUCAGUCAACUAGUCAAGACAACGGAAGAGGAGAUGUCGCCGGUAUACUCGGGGCCUCGUCGAUGGAUAGGGUGCAAGGGUAGCACGGAUUCGUACAGAGGAUAUCCUUGCGGCUUAUGGACAAUGUUUCAUACAUUGACCGUGAAUGGAGCCGUCCUACAGGACGAUGAUCCCGCCGCGGUGUUGCGAGCGAUGCGCGGCUAUGUGAAAAGUUUCUUCGGAUGUGCCGACUGCGCUGCUCACUUCGUGGAAAUGGCCGCUAGGAAUGGGAUAUUCGACGUGCGCAGCAGAGACGAGGCUGUGAUCUGGCUAUGGCGAGCUCAUAAUGAAGUGAAUGCACGGUUAUCGGGCGACAAGACGGAGGAUCCCGAGCACAAGAAGAUACAGUAUCCUACGACCGAGCACUGUGCGGCCUGUAAGUUUGCUAAUGGUAGCUGGAACGAGGAGGAGGUGUUGCGAUAUCUCAAGCACAAAUAUAGCUAUAGCGGUAUCAAGUACGACGGGAUUGACAAUACCGACGAUAUCGAUGAUAUGAUCAAUGCCAAUGGAUCGAGAGUGAAGAGGCCGGAGAGACUCGCUGUGGAAGCCAAGCGCACCACUUCCGGGGGGGAGGGCCUGAAUGGGUUCGACAUCAGCAUCUGGCUAGUGUUGUACGUUAUGUCGUCUGUGAUAUUCACGCUGGUGUGCUCGAGGGAGCUCAAGAGCUAUAAGAGAAGAAUGUGGGCGCAGGAGGAAAGUUAUAAAAAGAAGAAGAAUCACAUCAACCUGUUGACUAUAUGAUGCUCUUCUUUCUUCUCUUUACACUCGGCUCGUCGCAUGUAGUCAAUCUUGCAUGCGACAUUCCUUUAACUGAAUUUACAAACGUCUCGGUUUCGACUAGUGAAAUAGAGUGUUAUAGAGAUUCUUCCAAGUUGCAAAUUGUACAUUUACGUCUGGUCUGGCACACGCGAUUCAACAGAGAAAACUUUUUAUCCCUGUUGUGCUGUGUGAUGUAGUAACUGGUAAGUACUGCAAAAACGAUAAAACCGAGACGUCGCAGCAGGCACAUAUUGAUUAAAAAAGAAGAAACAAUUUACCUCUUUAAAAAAUUAGGCUUGUUUUAACAAUUUAAACAUUUAAACUAUUUCUAGUAUGAAAGAAAUGUAUUCUUCAGUGAGUUACAACUAAAAAUUAAACUGUCGGAAAUAAUUAUGAAUAAUUACAUGAUACAUAUAUAUAUAUAUAUAUAUACAGGGUGCGGCGAAAGGUUUG